CACAUGGCAAGAAGCAGCCUGACAUCAUUUGACAUCUCCUCGCUUCCUCAUUUCAAUAUUAACUGUUUACCAGAAGAGCAACAGGUUUGGGGUUGGGGUGCUGAGUGCAGGCACGUCCCUGUGUGUGCGCGAGAGCUCUUUUUGCUCUCUGUCCCUCCACAGCCACAGGUGGUUACACUGAGGUCCCUGAGGCUGCCCAAUGCUAUUUUUCAUCAGCUUGACUUCAGAAGAGACAGGUCUGUGGACGUGCUUCACUUUCUGCUUUGGCUGGGGUACAGCAACAAGGCUCGGCGCUGUGGCUGCUGCUCUCCCCCGAGAACAAACUUACUGAAGGAUUCCACCUGCUCCACAGAGCGAUAACAAUGACACAGAUGCAGUUUAAAGAUGCGUUUUGGUGCAAGGAGUUCACCCUCCACACCGGCUAUGAGGUGCUCGUACAGCGGCUGCUGGACGGGAGGAAGAUGUGCAAAGAUGUGGAGGAUUUGCUCAAGCAGAGAGCACAAGCAGAAGAGAGAUACGGGAAAGAGCUGAUUCAAAUCGCCCGGAAAGCAGGAGGACAAACAGAAAUCAACACGCUGAAGGCGGCAUUUGAGAGACUCAAGCAACAAAUCGAAAGCGUUGGAAACUCUCACAUCCAGCUGGCAGUAAUGCUGAAGGAUGAACUGAAAGGAAUAGAGGAGUUCCGAGAAAGACAGAAGGAACAACGAAAAAAGUACGAGUCUGCAAUGGAGCGCAUGCAAAAGAGCAAGUUGUCCCAUUACAAGAAAACUAUGGAGUCAAAGAAGACCUAUGAACAGAAGUGCAAGGAAGCGGACGAAGCCGAGCAGUUCUUUGAACGGACAAGUGCUUCAGGCAACCAAAAGCAAACAGAAAAGAGUCAGAACAAAGCCAAGCAAUGCAGAGAAGCAGCAAAAGAAGCAGAGAACAUGUACAAACAGAACAUUGAGCAGCUGGAUAAGGUCAGGACAGAGUGGGAACAGGAACAUAUCAAAACCUGCGAGGUCUUCCAGCUCCAGGAGUGUGAUCGCAUCACCAUCCUCCGCAACUCGCUGUGGGUCCACUGCAACCAGCUCUCCAUGCAGUGUGUGAAGGAUGACGAGCUGUAUGAAGAAGUUCGGGUAAGCUUGGAGGACUGCACGGUAGAGUCAGACAUAGACUACUUCAUUAAGACUAAAAUGACAGGAACACAACCUCCAGAUGCAAUUGGAUACGAGAACUACUACAGCAGAGAACCAAGCAGAAGCAACAGCAGUCCCAACCGGACCUGUGGAAUGAUGAAGAGAUUCUCUGGACUACUGCACGGAAGCAGCAAAAACAACACGGGAAGCGCCCCUGCUCCUGCAGAGAAAACAGAUGGGGUCUAUGCAUCCAUUUUUGUAAAUGAACAAGCUGGAAUCACAUCACCACAGGACUACAGAGUACUUUAUGACUACACAGCCCAGAACCUGGAUGAACUGGACAUCAGUGAAGGAGACAUUGUAGCUGUCAUUGAAGAAAACGAGGAUGGGUGGUGGACAGCAGAGAGGAAUGGGCAGCGAGGCUUUGUGCCAGGGUCUUACCUUGAAAAGCUUUGAUGAAAAGAAGGCCCAGUCCUCAGACUUUUAAUGUAUUCUAUUACUGAAAACAAACAGCACACAAGGUCUGCUUCAGCUGACCAAGGGCAACCCAUAAUACUGUCUUCUACAUUCACCAGACGGGAAAUAACCAACUGACCACAUUUUCCUCCUCUUUCCUCCCUGCGCUCUGCCAGCACCUCCUGGCCUACACUGUCUGCAAAAACCAUUUGCACCUCAGAGACAUUAGGACUUGUGUUUCUCACCACGGUUCUUUCUACCCUCAGCACACUGUGCUGCCAGCAUUGCAAAAGUCGGUGUAUCUGGGAGGAAAAUCCUGCCCAGAACUUGCCUUCCGCACUAAAAAGAUCCAGGCAGCACACGGUGUUUCCCCAGGAUGGAGGAUCGUCUCCAGCCAGGCUGUGAGCCACCCUCACAGUCACAGUAGCCGUGCUCUGUCAUGGAUCCCCUCCUCUUGCUGCACAGGCCAGGCAAGCCUUUUUGACAGUGGCACUGAAAGCACACUCUGGAAGCAGAUAACUUUGAUGUUUCAGUGUCUUAGCUGUACAAAGCAAGGAAGAAGCUCUCUUAAGUUAUUUUUAACAGCCCCCUUUCAAGUUCCCCUUAGAGCACAUGUGUAACCAGGGAAAAACAUGGGGAGCCCUUCACUGUUCUUUAUCAGAGUCACUGAUGAAAAUAUGAAAAACAAUGAAUGCAGCUAGAGAGGAGUACCUGAAGGACUGAGAUGCAUCAGUAGAACGAACAGGCAAAGCCUCCAGCAGUGCGGCACUGCCAUGAUCCCUCUCUGCUGAGCGCCAAAGGGUCAGUUACCUCCUCACGCAACCUGCACACACGUGUCAUCAGUGCAUUCUCCUUUCAGCUCCUCUGCCCACCUGGCUGACCCUCCCCUCUCCUGCCCAUGGGCUUUUCUGUCUCUUAACUGCUAUUUACAGCCUCCGUGUCCCUGGAUCGCUGGCAUAGACAUGUUGUGGUUCCUUUCCAGGCACUUUUAACGUGCUUGUUCUUCAACGAAACCUCUUUAGAAAAGGCACGCUGUGCAGGUUCACUAUAUUUCACAGAUUUCAGCUCUACUGGUCUUUCUAGCUUAUUUAAGAACAUUUCCAACUGUCACUGUAUUUACCACAGGACUGAUAGAUACUUUCUGCCACUCCUCCCUCUUCAGUAUUUUUAUACUAUUUCUGCAGACACAAUGACUUUGUUUGCCAAGGCUUCAGGUCUUAAAACGAACCAAGUAAAUGAAAAUGAAUCAAAUUGCGACCCAAAAGGCAUGAAAGCAGAGAGGAACUGUUAGUUAAGACACAGCAGGAAAGACAAAGAGGGAUUUAGACAGAAGAAAAAGCCAUAAUGGUCAAUGCAAUUAUUCCUUAAACGAAAUAGAAUGAAGGUCAGACACACAGGCAGUACCUUAUUCUAAUUUCUUGCUUCGAAAUUGGAAUAAAAAUUGCUUCAGGUCCUUUUUCUUUAGUUCACUGCAGUCCUUUGCACAGGCACACUUGUUCUUCCCACAUUUCCUCAAGUUAUUAUGCAGCACAUCUGCAUCAGUGCUGAAGGACUCUUAGUACUUUGCAUUAGCACAGGAACUGCAGGAACCUGAAGGGCAUUUAAGGCACUAGGUUAUAUGGACAGUAGUGCUCAUUAAGGCUGAGGAUGUUAAUGACAGGUUUCUGUGACCAGGACCAGACUGAACAGUGAUAGAAAGCUGGUCCUCAAUAGCCUUCAAUUAGGCCAUCACAUUGUAAAUAGUAGCUGUUGAAGACAACUACGACAUUGCUCGUUAAGUUUCCUCUCACGCUGUAUGUAAAGUAUGAAAGAUUUAAUGUUUGCUUCUUGAACACUCAGUCUUCCACAAAGAAAACUGUAAUAAACCAGCAAAUACUUAAAUAAAUUUAGGUAGAUAUUUUGCAUAUUACCUUAAUUAAAGAGAGAGAGGGAAAAAAAAA